AUGGGAGAUUUCAAUGCUAUUAUCAACUCUGGGAAAAAAAUUGGUGGUGUAGAUAAUUUUGAGCAGAGUGGAGAAGAUUUUCUGUGUUGUUUGAAUGAUUGCAAUCUUAAUGAAUUAAAAAAGUAUGGUUGUGAAUAUACUUGGACCAACAAUCAAUUUGGUGAGGCCCGUAUUUGGAGAAAAUUAGAUAGAGCUCUAGUUAACCUGGAAUGGCUUGAUUUAUUUGGUGACUCUGAUUAUACUGCAUUAAGUGCUGGGGUUUCAGAUCAUUCUCCGCUUAUUGUCACUAUUAACAGAACCACUAAUAAAGGUGCCAAGCCUUUUAAUUACUCAGAAAUUAAAGAAGUUAAAAUACAGCUAAAGGAGUUAAAUCUCUCUCGUUUUUCUGAUCUCUCUAUCAAGGUCAAAAGCUGGAAGAUCCUUCUUGAAGAUACUCAGAUGAAUCUCCAAAAAGAUCCUAUUAAUGAAGAGCUGCUUUUAGAGGAAAGGGAUAUUUCUAUCCAUUACAGGAAGCUGUUGUUUACUGAAGAGAAGUUUCUUAAGCAAAAAUCCAGAAUUAAUUGGAUUAACUUGAGAGAUAACAACAACAAGUUUUUCUACAACUCUGUAAAAGUUAGAAGAAGCAGGAAUAAAAUUACUAAGUUGUAUACUGCAGAUGGCAAUCUGUUAUCUACUCAGUCAGAGAUCAGCGAGGCUAUGGUGGAGUAUUAUAAGAAUCUUGUGGGUGUUCCCGCUAUUAAUAGGAGACAUCUAAAUCCAAAAAUUAUUGAUUGUGGCUUAAAGCUAGAUGAUGGUAACAUUGAUUCUCUUAUUACCCCUAUUUCUCCUGCUGAAGUCAAAGCAGCCAUGUUCUCUAUUCAUGGGGAAAAGCGCUUGGUCCUGAUGAUAAAUGCUACUUCUCUUUCCAUUAUCCCUAAGACUGCUUCUCCCAAUAGUUUGAAUGAUUAUCGCCCCAUUGCAUGUUGUAAUGCUUUGAUGAAAUUCAUUACUAAAGUCAUUACUAAUAGACUCAGUAAGUGUGUUGGAUCAAUUUCCAAUCACUGUCAAUGUGCUUUUAUUCCUAGUAGAAGAAUCAUUGAUAAUGUCUUAUUAGCCCACGAGCUUUUCCCUAGGAAAUUUAUCCAUUGGAUUAUGCUAUGUGUUAAAACCCCAGCUUACUCUGUUGCUAUUAAUGGUUCCUUAUAUGGAUAUUUCAAAGGUGGAAGGGGGUUGAGACAAGGGGAUCCCCUGUCCCCGAUUUUAUUUGUUCUGGUUAUGGAUUAUCUGUCUAGAUAUAUGGUCUUUAUCAGUAGAAGUUGCAUGAAAGAGAGCUUAGUGCAUUUUCAGGAAGUCUCUGGGCUGAAUGUUAACAAUGAUAAGAGUUCUAUAUUCUUCUACAACAUUCCAAAUCAGACCAAGAAGCUCAUUUUAAAUGUUAUGGGGUUUAUAGAAGGCCAUCUUCCAGUAAAGUAUCUUGGUAUGCCUCUUGUGGCCAGAAGGUUAACUAAAGCUGACAUCUGCACUCUUAUUGGUGCCAGAUCUUCAUUCUUCCUAAAGCUGUUAUCCAAGAAAUUGAGAAAAUCUGCAGGUGUUUUCUCUGGAGAGGUAAUGUUAAUGGCAGAAAGUUUGGAGGUAUUUCCUGGAAAGUAG